CCCAUCACUUCUGCUCUGCCAAUGCUCUGUUCCCGCUCCUGCUCAUUCAGCUGCCACUCCGUAAACAGAAAAGAAGAGCGUCUCCGGCGACCAGAAGCCUCAUCCUCCAAAGAGAGUAAGUAAGAAAGAUAAAACCAGCUGAAAAUGUAAGAGCGACCGUAGGAACAUGAGCAGCAUUGCUAGUUCUUGACGAUCGAAGAGAAUGUAGAAGCAUUAGUGAACUUAAAGCCACACUUAAAGGUUACUGACAUAGCUCACAUGGCCUCGGUUGCUUGCCGCAUCGUCUAGCUCUUGCUCACUCAAUGAGAAUAAGGUGAUGCAGACCUCGGGCAUCGCAACAAGUUAUCUUUUUUCCUGAUGGAAAGCUUGUUUUUUCUUACUGCUUCAAUUGUCUGCAACGUACGGCCCAUGCCUCGUCACGCUCAAUCAAACUCGCGUUUUGGUUUUGUCACGAUGCAGUGAUCAAAUCUUGAACGCUCGCCGCGGAUCUUUCUACGGUCACGAAUCUCCGUGCGAUGGAGACGACGACGACGAAGACAACGCGCUGUCACGCCUCGUGCCCCGCUUGGCUUCGAGCGGCUCUUGAAGAUAUAGAGAACAGAGUGCAAUCGCUGGCGGUGAAGUUACCGGACAACUCGGAGUCCGACUCGUUCGCAGAGCGGGCUGAGAACUACUACCAGAAGCGGCCUCAGCUGGUGGCUCUGCUCCACGACCUCCACCACCGCUACGUCUACCUCGCCGACCGCUACUCUCAGUCGCUCCGCCAUCGGCACCGGCGUCGCGCUUCUUCCGUCUCCUCCGACAUCGAUGUCGACGUCGACCCCGACCUCCUGGACUCUGCCUCCGAUGCCGAGAGCUCCCUCUCAUUUCAACCACUACCCAUUCAGCCGCUCCACGACCCGCCCCCCGCCCUCGGAAUCGCCAAUGUCGCUUCCGACCUCGACAUGAUUGUGGCGACGUUUGUGGUCGCCGCAGUGGAGCGGGACAUGCUGGAGGCGGAGGGGGCGGAAGCCGAGCGGCGUCUGGCGGAGUCGUCGCGAAAGAUCGAGCUGCAGGGGAGCUUGGUGGAGGUGCUGGAGGCGGAGCGGAUGGUGCUGCUGGGCGAGAACGCGCGGCUGGGGUUCCUCGCCGCGGCCGCCGAGGAGAAGGCUCGGGUGAUGGGAGCCGAGCUGGGGUACAUGCGGCGUCAGGCGGCGGAGCUGGCCAGGGUGUUGGUGAAGCUGCGGGAGGAUCACCGGGUGUGCCUCCUGGGGCGGAAGAUCGAGGGACUUCAGGCACAGAUUUACGGGCUGGAGCUUCGGAACCGGGAGUGCUUCGAGGCGAUGGCGCGUCGGGAGAAGGAGAAGAGGGAGGCGCAGGCGGAGGCGACCCUUCUCCGGGCGGAGAAUCGCCGGUUGAGGGAGGAGACGGAGGCGGCGCGAACUAGGCGUCGGUGGAGAUGGUGGGACAGGCUACGGAAGCUCGAGUGGGCCCAGUCGUCGUGUGCGAUGCACGUGAAGGAAGCAAAAGUGCCGGGAGGCUGCUUCUUGUAGCCCAACAUUGGCCGCUCACCGGCUUAUGCAUUUUAAUCCUAACUAUUUUAUUAUUUUUAACUGGUUGAAAAGUUUAGUGACUAGAUAUGACUGUACAUAGUUUUCUAAUGAGAUGGUAGUGCACUCUUAUUAUCAUAAGUAUGCUCGAAAGUUAAUGUUUUAAGAAUUAUACUGGAAAUUGAAUCAGCAAAGUUUAUCUUC